GAAAGUACCUUAAAUUUGUACUAAAUAAUUAGAGUACUAAAUUAGUUUAUUUUUAAAAAUGUUCCUGUAUUUGUAUGUACUGUUGGGUAGUUGUAUCUGUAAUCAAGCUUCAUAUUUAGUCUUUAUCUGGUUUUAAUGCAAAAGUAAAGUAACUAGUAGCUAUUAGAUAAAUGUCGUGGAGUAAAGAGUAGAAAUAUUGAAAGAAAAUACUCAAGUAAAGUAAGUAUCUUAAUUUUGUACUAAAUAAUCAAAGUACUAAAUUAGUUUUAUAUCAGAAACAUAUAGAAUACAACAAUAAUGUUUUGUGGAUAUUGUAUCUAUUACCGGUCAUGCAAAAUUAAAAUUUUCCUUUCCACAUCCCCUAUCGUCCUUUUAAAGUCUUAAGCAUGUGCAUCUGUCAAUAUAAUGAAAUAAACUGCUUUCAACUAUAUUUCUAGUACUAGUAAAUCUUUUCCACCUCAAGCAACAUAAACUAAGCUCUGCAACAGGAGGCUAUCGUCUGAGCUGAAUUUAGAAAAUUGUACUACAUGUUACUACAACAUAUUUCUCCAUUUUACUACACAUUUCUCUUCACUGACACCAGCCAUGACUUUCUCCAAGCAGUGCAGCCAGCAUUCACUGAGUACAACAGCCUCUGGUUUUCUAUUGGCCAGUUUCUGACAGGGAGGGUCCUCCCGGAGGCCGGCACCCAGGCAGGAAGGGGGGUGGCUGGAAAUGUUUCAGCCACAGUUGGACAGACUGUUUUUCACUGUUGUGAAGAGAAGAUCUUUGCGAACUGAAUCCUCGGGACAGAUAGGAGGAUACAGGCUGUUCUUGCUGUCAACAUCUUCCCAAACGAGCUUCCUUUAAAGUUGUAGCUCUGUCGUAGAUCCUCGGUGUGGAACAGAACUUCUUUAGUGCUGCAUGUCGUGGGAGAGAUCACCAAUAGAAAGUGCCUUUGAGAAGAUAUCCCCAACUUGAAGUUGAUCUGUGUACAUUGGUCUGUGUCUAUGCUGUUUUUAAGACCAGACUCAAGCACCAGCACAGGAUACCUCAGCUGCAAGCACUUCACCACCACUUUGCACAGUUUUAGCACCUGAUAUUUAGCUAAAAUAGAGCCAUAAUUGUGAAUUAUGACCUGAGAAUGACUAAAGGAACAAGUCUACAUUCAAUUUCACUCACUUGACUGAUAUUUAUGGGCAAUACACACUUGAAGUUGACAUAAAAAAAAGAAAACACAACUACCAUUAUUUCCCAUUGAUGGGUGAUUUCUCGGCUAUCUCAUCUUUCUGUUCCAGCUGAUGGAGGACUCACCAGGUUGUCUUAAAACAGGACUUUGUUCAUACGGUCAACCUACAGCUUUCAGUGCAUGAGGCGCACAACAACAAGAUUGACUUUUAAAAUUUAAUGCACUAGUAAAACCUUUGGACAUGGCGUUGAACCUCUCUUCAGUAAGAGACACAAAAUGGCUAACUCUGGAGGUGUGUCGGCAGUUUCAGCGGGGAAACUGUUCUCGUAGGGAUGACGAAUGCAAAUUUGCUCACCCGCCGAAGAGCUGCCAAGUUGAAAAUGGUCGAGUUAUCGCCUGCUUUGACUCGCUGAAGGGCCGAUGCUCAAGAGAAAACUGCAAGUACCUUCAUCCACCUUCGCACUUAAAAACCCAGUUAGAGAUAAAUGGGCGCAACAAUUUAAUCCAGCAGAAGACUGCAGCUGCUGUACUCGCCCAACAGAUGCAGCUUGUGAUGCCUGGACCUAGUCUGCAGCCUGUGGGACUUGGCACAAAUUCCGGUCUUGGUUAUGGUUCAUACAUGACACCAUUGAGCCAUGGAAUGAGCCUGGUUCCCUCAGACAUCCUCCAAAACACCUCAGUUCUUGUUCCCGGGAGUCAACCUUUGACAGUCCACAGUUCCUCUUCUUCCUCCUCUUCCUCUCCCUCACAGAAGCUGCAGCGUUCAGACAAACUAGAGGUCUGUCGCGAGUUUCAGCGGGGGAACUGUGCGAGAGGGGAGACAGAUUGCCGCUUUGCUCACCCCAGCGACAGUCCCAUGAUUGACACCACUGACAACACUGUCACUGUUUGCAUGGACUAUAUCAAGAGCCGCUGCUCCCGGGAGAAGUGCAAGUAUUUUCACCCGCCUGCACACUUGCAGGCCAAAAUCAAGUCCAGUCAACAACAACAAGUCAGUCAGUCAGCCGUCGCAGCCCAGGCCGCAGCUGCAGCAGCCGCGACUCAGUCGACUGCCAAAGCAAUGAAGCGACCCCUCGAGGCAACUGUAGACCUGGCCUUUCCCCACAGUAUCCUGCAAUCCCUACCAAAGAGACAAGCCCUAGAGAAGAGCGGCUGGGUCAGCUCUCUCCUUAGCCCCAGUUUUUUGCACUACCAUCAGGCUCUGGCCAAUGCGCAGAUGCAGCAGAUGCAGCAGCCUACGACAGCAUUUUACCCCACAGGGUCUGUCUUUUGCAUGGCUCCACAUAACAGCAUGGAUCAUCCUCAAGUAACCACCAGAAACAGGAGUCAGUGCCAUGUUGCUGCUGUUAAAGGUCCCAAACAGCCGAUCUGUAAAUACUCUGUGAACGCCACACACCACACACAACAAGCUGCAUGCUGAUAAACAUCACUGGUGGAAAACUUGUAGACUCAACUUUAAUCUAUGGUAAUAAAUGACGUAAGGAUUACUAGGAUUAUACUCUGCUAGAUAAAUGUCACAGAAGAUUAUUGUAUGUGCAUGCCUUUGCACCUGAAUUAACAUGCAUCCUCAGUAAUGUGCAGAACAUCCUGGUUCCUAUUUCCCAAACCAAUUCUGACAUGGUCAGAGGGGCGUUCAGCCUCUUAAUGAGCUGAAUCCACCGUGUCUCAAAUUCUCUUAUCACAGCCUCAUGAAUAAAAAUGAGCUUUUCUUGACUAAGUCAAACAGGAAACAGAUGGAAACCAGACCAAAAUUUAUUUCACUCACAAGUGUAAGUUACACUAAGAGUGUACGAGUUGAGCAUUGCACAUCUAAUCUGAGAUCAGUUUUCAGUGUGUCCACAGAACAUGUUAAUGCCAGGUGUAAUGGGGACCUAUAUUGGAGCUUGUUUAAAUUCUAUCAACAUAUAUUUCUUAUUUGAAUGUCUCAUAUAACCUAAGUUUUUUCACAUAAAUGAUUGUUUAUCUAGUGCCAGAUUUCAUUAUUCUAAGCUUACUCAUAAAAAGCACUUAUUUUAACUUUAAACUCAAAUGUACAAAUUUCAUUGGACAGCAGGCUGUGGGGGUAGUCGGUCUGUGUUUUUUCCCUAGUUAUCCCCAGAAAGCAGGAUCAGUGCUCCACCUCCUGGUGUGCCUUUGCAUUGCAUAUACUGUACAUAAUAUUUGUUGGUAGGAAGUAAAGCAGCAGUAAUUCAAACUGUUAAUUUCCCCCACCUUUUGUUAUCCAAAAAAAAGAAAAAACUUUGUGGAUUAUUGGGCAACGUGAUGGUCGACUCAUUGAUGUAUCCGGGUGGUGGUUUUCUCUUCUCGGGCAGGUCUCACAAAGAUAGUCUUUGACUCUGUCUCAAUUAGAUCAAACUUAUAACUUAAUAUAUUCAGACUUCAGAUUGAUCCUUGAUUCUUUGUUGUACAAAGCUGUUUGGUUAUUUGCUGUAGGAAGUGGGACUAAUUGGGCAAAUUAAGAUCUUUCAUGAGGUUCCUGUAUUGUUCUGUUCAGCUUGAAAAUCUUUUGUUUUGUGAAAGACUUUCUCAGUUACGGGACAUUUUACCGGGAAUGUUCAGUGAAGACUGUAACACUAAGUGAACAAAGACACGUAUAAUAGUAUAACAUGUCAAUGCAGCGCAGCAGAGAUGAGCUACUGUGGCUCCUUAACGGAUUCAGAACCUCUGUUAACUUAUCCCUCGGGUUUAGAAAAGCUUCCAUGAGCAAAACCCUUCUUAUUACUCCACAACAUUACAAGAAAACCUCAAAUUUUUGUCCUGACAAAGGUUUCAGUGUCAUUAAGCUCAUGUGGGCUGGGACCUUGUAUGUGCGUGACACAAAAUAUAACUCAUGCUACAAACCAGUCUGAUAGAUCUUUGUGAAACCAGCCCCUGGCUUGAAGACGAGCCUCCACAGCCAUUAUAGUUAACUCAGUAACGGGGUGUGUGAGUACUGUGUGACUCCUGUGAUCCUAUAACGUUUGAGUUGAAUGGUGUGUGUGAGCUGUUAGUCUUAAUAUGACAGUCAGCUGUCAGUACUGUAUUAUUUGAAAUUUACAAGUGCCUAAUGAAUUCUGCAUGCAAUUACAUCAAAGCAUAUUUAAAAAGGGUUUGUGUGGAAAAACUGUUCAAUUAAAUCUACUCAACGUAACUCACAGUUAGGAAGAAAUAUUUAGCGAUGCCAUGUCAGUGCAUUAGUAUGUUGUGUGUGCACCUGUUUAGAUUUAGUCUUUCAAAUCAUUUUCACUUUUGUGAAAUUCACUCCAAUGUGUAUGUACUGUAUGUACAAUGUAUACGAAUGAAUAUUCAGCUUACCUUUUAUUUUGUUUCACAUUUAAGAUGAUUAAGUACUGUUGAACUAGUUAAAUGCACACAGUAAAAUACUUUAUGUAGUAAAGUAGAAUUUAAGUGAGUAAACAUUUUGGUGACGCGUAGUUGUGUAUGAGUGGAACCACAAUAUGCAAUUGGCUGUCUUUGUUUAAAACUCAGAGCAAACCGAGGUGGCGUCAUGUCUGGUUAAGUGAAAAACAAAACUGAUGUUAAAAAUAGUUUUCACUCAUAUAUGUAUGUUCUCUUGAACAUCUUUUAUAUAAGUUUUAGCUCCCUGUUUUGCCGUGUGUGAAAAUAUCAACCUUUAUUUUAAUGCUAUCCGACGUCUUUUCAAGUUUAAAUGUGUGUGUACACGUGUGAUUAACUCAGACAAUCCACCAAGAGAAACUGCAUUUGUUGACAUUUUUCAUUAUGUAUUUUCAUUGUGAAAAUGUACACAUUAUUGGAUAUGAAUAUAUGGAGUAUACUUGCAUACAGUAUUUUACUAGUUUAACCUUAGCUAAGAACACAUUUAAAAUGUAUUCACUUCUAUUUUACGAUGAAUGUAAUUUAUUAAAGUGACGUUAGCGCUGCCGCAGGUUCCUCAAAGGGCCGUGAUCUGUUGUUUUAGCCUUUGAAAAGUCGUCUCUGUUGAGGGAUGAGAUGUUGGAGCAAAGAGUAGCUUCAGACGUUUCAUCCUUGUCACUGCCUUGUCACCUGUGAGGGAAAACCAACCUUUGUACGAUCGAGGCAAUGGAAUAGUUUUUAUGUACAAGAGUGUAUCGUUCGUACCACAUUUGACAAACUUGUUCUCUGUUUGUUCACUCCUCACAAUAACACAUUAGAUUGUACUGUCAGAUAUUUGACUUUAUUAAGCCAUGGUGAAACACUGUAAGUGAGCCAGUGCAUAAAGAAAUAAUCCGAAUUUAUUUGUUUUACAUAGUUUCCUCUGUAUGUGAACAUCUUAAAAAAAUAAUCCACAGCAGAUUGAACUACAUUGUUUUAAACUUUUUUUCUAUAAAUAUAUAUAUAUAUAUAUAUAUAUAUAUAU